GUAAUGUUAUGCAAUUAACGGAUCACGGCGCUGCUACGGUGCAUUCGCAGCUCACCGCGCAUUCAUACUUACUCAUUUUUAAACUGACAGAAAUGUCGGUGCAUUCACUAUGUUCAUUGUGCUGUAACGCUUCAUACACAGUAAUUACAAUAUUAAUUUUUGCCCUGAUUGCCCUGCCACACCUUUCCAAGGGAACGUCAAAGUACGAUAAUGAGCCGACGAAGCUGACGGUGUGUUUUAUCUGGGAAGAUGAUUCGUACUUUUCCAAUUAUCAGCGUGUUAUCGCAGCGGUGGAUUUGGGUAUCCAGCAUGCUAACAAAUUUGUUCUGGAAGAUCCCCUAUCGCUGCAGUUGGUGUAUCAGAGUUCCGGAACAUCCUGCACGCGGACACAGUUUUCGCUGGUGUCCAAUGUGUUCAACCUGCUGACAUCACGGACGAAAUGCCAUUUGUUUCUGGGCGCUGGUUGUCCCUACACGGCCUCCGCUCUACACGGUUUCGCGCAAAUGGCCAACGUUCCCCUGAUGGCCAUCCCGGCUGCCGGCGCCUGGGUGUUGCAGUUGGAUUCGCUUAUCGAUGAUUUCGACUACCUCCUCCAGCCGGGAUACGGUUAUGCUGACUUAACUAACUUCGUUGCCGGCUUUCUGGAGAUGAACAACUAUUAUCACACCACGAUUUUCCGUGACGACUCCUACUCGUACUAUUCCGUCCUCUCCGAGGCAUUUCUGCGUUUUGUCCGUGAUCGCAAUCCCACCCUGUACAUGAACACCGUGGUCACCGCUGUGCGCAGUAAACGGACAACAAAGCAGAUCUAUCGAGAUCUUUUGAAAUCGGCUAAUGAACGAUCCCGCGUUUUCUUAAUUUUUGGACAUGCCAAGUGCGUAAGGGAUAUUAUGCUUACUGCAUACGAUCUCGGCAUGACUCAAGGUCAACACGUAUAUAUGGCUGUAGAAUUAUUUUACUUGGAAUAUUGGGGAACAAUCGAUGCGACAAUUGGAGUAGAGUCAGAUUUUCAAGCCGUUCAAGCGUAUCAAAGUUUGAUUGUGAUAGCCUUCAUGGAGAUCAAACCACUACAUCAAGGUGACUUCGAUGAUCUCGUGAAAAUUUUAGCCAGAGAAAAAUACAACUACACCUUUAAUCCACUGGAAAAGAUGGACGUAGUAGUGACUGCCCAUUACGAAGCAGUUUUGAUUUAUGCCGAAGUUGUUAACAAGCUGCACAAGAUUGGCGCAAAUUACACAAACGGGGAUUUGAUUGUGGAUAAAGUUAUUAAUGCAUCCUUCGAUAGCCCCCUUAUGGGCGCCGACCGAAUUUAUAUUGGAAAGGAUCGUCAACGAGAGAAAGACUACUGCAUGAAAAUCUAUAACGAGCGAGCCGACGAGAUGCAGACAUUUCUCCAACAUAUGCCCCAUGCCGGUGGAAAUAUGACGUUCCACUUUGUGAAGAAACUCCGCUGGCCCAGCUGGGAUGGCAAUCUGCCGCCGGAUGAGCCGCGUUGCGGAUAUCGUGAAGACAAAUGCAAAGAAGAAGGCCUGUCCCCGGCGGCCCUGGCUGUAGCGGCGGUGGUUCCCAUUAUUGUGGUGCUGGCGAUGAUUGGCGGCGGUAUAUUUCUCUACAUCAAAGUCUGGAAAUUCCGGGCUGAAUAUAAUCCCAACUGGUGGAAGAUUGCCGUGGAGGAACUGGACAUUAAGAACACUCGCACUCCCAGCGGAUCCAAACGAACAUUGCAAAGUAAAAGUACGGGCGGCGUCACCAGCGGAUUCUCCUCGUAUAUUGUGGAGCUCUUUGCCGGCUUUCGUGGUGUGCUGGUUGGUUUGGUGGAUGUCAGCGACACGAAAAAGCAAGCAACGAAAGAGCUGAUUGAUGAACUAAAUACGAUCAGGCCGAUCGAGCACACCAAUUUGCAAAAGUUCAUCGGUGUGGCUGUGGAUCAGAACAAUGUUUGUGCGUACAUUGUCGGGGAAUUAUGUUCCAAAGGAUGCUUGGCGGAUGUCUUGGAAAAUGAGCUGAUUAAACUAGACUGGUUUUUCAAGAAUUCCUUGAUCAGGGAUAUUGUUUAUGGAAUGACUUAUCUCCAUUCCACUAAUGUUGUGUCACACGGAGAUCUAAAUUCUUAUGCUUGUCUGAUUGACACGCGAUUUACAUUGAAAAUCUCCGAUUACGGUCUUCCAUACUUUCGGAAUCCGAAAAUUUUUCCCGCGCCCAAGCCCGGCGAAACGGAUCGGGACUACAGUAUGCUAUUAUGGCGAGCUCCGGAGUUGUUGCGCCAAACGAUGCCACCAAAGGGCACUCAGAAAGGCGAUGUGUACAGUUUUGCAAUAAUCCUGCAGCAAAUUAUUUUGCGUAGUGGACCAUUUGAGCUUCCGGAUGAUCCCUUAGAACUUUCAGAUAAAGAAAUUGUUCAAGAGGUCAUCGCUGCUAAUAUUCCUCCGGUUCGUCCGCGUGUCCCACGAUCAGCCUGCUCCAAUGAAUUAUAUGACCUGAUGGAACGCUGCUGGGAAGAGGUGCCCGUGGAGCGACCAACCUUUGCGAAAAUCAAAGAACGCCUUGUCCGCGUAAUCGGCAAAAUUGGCGAUAAUCUCGUAGAUCUGUUACUGCGCCGCAUGGAACAGUAUGCGGGCGAUUUGGAGCAAAAAGUGGCCGAGCAAACGCAGCAGUUUAUGGAAGAAAAGACCCGUUCAGAACAUUUGUUGAGCCAGCUGCUGCCCAAGUCCGUUGCGGCGGCGCUGACUAAAGGUCAAUCCGUGGAACCGGAAACCUUCGACUGUGUGACCAUCUUUUUUAGCGAUAUCGUUGGUUUUACAACCAUUGCUUCCAAAGGAACACCCAUGAGUGUUGUUGACCUUUUAAAUAGCCUGUACACAUUUUUUGAUGGAGUGCUGGAAAAGUAUGAUGUGUACAAAGUGGAGACGAUCGGCGAUAGUUACAUGGUAUCAUCUGGAUUACCGAUAAGAAAUGGAAAUAAACAUGUUGUGGAAAUCUCCUGCAUGGCUCUAGAUCUGGUGGAAGGGAUUAAAAAGUUUUUUGUUCCACACCAGCCUACAGAACACAUACAGAUUCGGUCAGGAAUUAACUCAGGUCCCUGUGUUGCUGGAAUAGUUGGUACAAAAAUGCCUCGAUACUGUUUAUUUGGAGACACUGUUAAUGUGGCAUCCAGGAUGGAGUCCACGGGAGAAGCAAUGAAAAUUCAGAUAUCCCAUGAAACCAGGCAGCUGUUACUGGGAAUCGGUAAUUUUCUAAUGGCCGAACGUGGAGAAGUGGCCAUCAAAGGAAAAGGUCUGAUGACGACGUAUUGGCUGCUGGGAAAGUCCACCUACUAGGCCGUAUUUUAUUCUUUAUGUUCGCUUAUUUACUUGUUAGUUCUAAACAAAGGGGAUAGGAAUGUGCAAAGGAUUCCCUGGGUGCGCAAACUUGCAUUUAAAUCACGCAGAAUAUGCCUUGUCGUGACGACGAGCGCAGUGAAGAAAAAACGAUAAAUAUGCGAAGGUAUUACGCACAUGACAGGUGACCGACGACGCUGGUUCUGGUGCUUCCAAUGCACUGUAGUUCAAAUGCUACUGGUAUUUAGAGCAAUCAUGUACACACAUCAAAAAUUGACAAAAAACACAUUCAAUAAGCGUGUGAAAUUACUGGUAAGUGUAAAAUGUUUUAAGUAAUACAAAUGUGGUGUGUAUCGUGACAUCACACCGGACUACAUAUUCCGUGCAGUAGGCAUCGAAACACUCGGACCUUUGGGACCAGACGCCUCUCGCAUGGUCACCGAGCUCGGGCAGAUGAUACGCAAAGAAACGGGCGAGAUACGGGCGAUUGAGUAUCUGCGCCAGCGGUUCAGCAUUGAAAUUCAACGCGGGAAUGCGGCCUCCGUCAUGGGAACAGCACCAGCAUCGGCUAAUUUAGAUGAGAUGUUCUGUAGAAUUAGACCGUCUAUUUCUGUUGUCGG